AUGUGUGAAUCUCCCCCCCUUCGCCCCCGGCGCCAACUGGCGAGUGGUCCCCCGCCCUCGCCGCCGCGGCCGCACCCCGGGCUCGAGCCCGCCGACACCCAUACCUCUUUGCGCGCGUCGCCGCGCCCCGAUUCCCCCAUCGCCGUCCAUCCCCGAAAUCCCCCUCCAUCGCCACCUCCCAACACCCCCCCCCGGCCGCCAACUGGCGACCUCGCUCCCCCCGCCCCUCAGGGCUUCCCCGGGCCCCAUCCCAGGGCCCGAGUCGCGAUCCUGGGCUCCAAUGCCCUGGGUGAGACCGCCGAGGGCUACACCGUGGGUCAGAUGUACGAAGAGGGUAACCCAUGGGGCCAGGGACAGCGCCGACGAGGAUCACCCUGCCAAAGGCUCCCCGCUGCGAACAUCCUCGACCCCCCCAGGUUCUCUAUCCUCGUAUAUCAUAUCCACGGAGUAGACCGGCGGCAUUCCCAUCACAGGCAAUCAGAGCGGGAUCGCUUCUACACAGACUCACCGACCAAGGUUGGGGGUCCAAAUGGCACACAACAGUUAAGGUGGCCAGAAAGUGCUGGUGGGGAACUUUUUACUAUGGGGGGUGGUCCGCGCCACACGUUUUUGCUAACAAAUAAGGGCCCAGUUCGGGCAAAUUCUCAGAAAUUUCGGGACUUAGCCGUUUGGAGUGGCUCGGUCAUCACUGCCAACUGGCGAGUCUGA